UGCGAGCUGUCAAAGCUUGUCAAAUGGUACAAGGCUGUUGUGAAUAGCCUUGUACCAUGUGACCUCUGUGAUCAUUCACAGAAUUCACAAGUAGUAAGCAAUGAUGUCAGGAAGUGACAUCUUGUUUACUACUAUUCAUGUGAUCACUGAUUGGCCAUGGAUCGGAGGGCACGAUCGCAGUGCCGCGUGCUCCCAGGGAGCGUGUAUAAUCGGGACCUCGGACACAGCGGGCACCGGAUCGUGGUGCCGCACGCUCCCAGGGAGCACGCACACGCACAGCUUGAAAAUGCAGGCGCCAUUUAUG